CAAAUGGCGUUCCAUUUCCGCCACUUAAAUAUGCAGACCAAGCCUUCUCUUCUCUCUACUCGUGUGGGUUCUCCCCCGGCGCCGAUCGAGAGGACAAACAAUGUCUAACUUCUUCGGCCGCGCCUGGGACAGAGCACGCGGCAAGUUGGACGUCGAAAGAAUUUGCCGGGAAGUCUUCAACGACUUGGCCGACAAGAACACGAACCUCCUCGACGUCAACUCCCUCCACGUCGCCACCCUCAUUGUUUACAAUUCAAUCAACAAGCAAUUGAUCGGCCCUCACAAGGAACCUCCCAACAUGAAGACCGUCGCUGACAAAAUGAAGCUGCAGGAGUACCUCGCCAAGAAUGGCAUAUCAUUCACGGAGUUCCAGGAGCUGAUCUUGACGUGGGUCGAGAAGGACUUGCGCCUCGUCUUCGUGAACAAGGCCGCAGUCUCAAUCAUGGGUGCACCGUUGCUUGCCGUAACGGCCAAGAAAGCUGGCAUGCAGGUGCCGAGGAUUAGGGGCGCGGUAGAGAAGGUACCCACGUCGUUGCUCGCCACCGUCUUCUCCAUCGGGCUCAUGCUCCUGCAGGACGUCCGGGUGGGCAGGCAGAGGGAAUGAACCAGUCACCUGAAUCGCUCAAGGUGCUGGAGGUUUCGCCUUGAUGCACACUACUGGCUCAGGGAUAUACUCACAUUGCUUGCUGCUGUGUGAUAGGCUGAAAGUCUGAUAGAGAAUGAUGUACUUAAAGUUACAGGUGACUGGCAUCUGAAUGGCACAUAUGUAAAAAUGGCUGGGAAAUAACCGUUGUAAUCCCACAGACUGUGAUGACGUUCGUUCUUAAUACAGGAUAGUUUCUAGGCUUAA